AUGAUUGAGGUGGUUUGCAACGAUCGUCUGGGGAAGAAGGUCCGCGUCAAAUGCAACACUGAUGACACCAUCGGGGACCUGAAGAAGCUGAUUGCAGCCCAAACUGGCACCCGUUGGAACAAGAUCGUCCUUAAGAAGUGGUACACCAUUUUUAAGGACCACGUGUGUCUGGGUGACUAUGAAAUCCACGAUGGGAUGAACUUGGAGCUUUAUUACCAGUAA